GGGACUGCUGCGGACCUCGGGACCAACAAAGAGGCUUUGGGCCAGCGCUGCGGACUGUCUUGUGCGGCGAAGAGUAAGAAGAGCCAACGUCUGUCCUCUACAGCCUCCGCGCCGUAGACCUUUUCCAGACGGAGCGCGAGGGGGGAAUCGAUUCCUCGAGGGAACGAGGACUGUGAGGAGGAGGACGAGGGAGCUGAAGCUGAAGCCGAAGCGGAGGGAGGAAGGGACGAGGAGGAGGAGGAGGAGCUGAAGAAGAGGAGAGAAGACGAUCUCGCUGGGCACAGGGAAGGAGCAGGAAUCGGGAGGAGGCAGAGCAAUCGGGAGGUGGUAAGGAGCAGGAGGGAGGAGUGUGGGGCGGCUUGUCCUUGGAGCUCUGGAGCCUCGCCUUGAUUGGUCUGUCUGUCUGGCCUGCUGGACCAGAUUGAUUGGGUCGGUUGACCGAUCUCCGCCUCUCUUCGUCUCUUCUUCUCUCCGCUCUCAGCCAUUGAUCGGACGCUGAGUCUGGUGGCCCUUCUAGACGAGGAAAGAGUUGGUCGCGGAGUGGCAGGGGGUUUGACGUUUUAUUUCAGGACACUCUUGAAGACGGAGCGACUUCCUGAUCCAUUCACUGGAAAAUUUGCCACUUUCACGGGUCUUAUCAACAACUUUGAUGCUGUCUCUAGUUGGAAAUUUGCAGCACUGAGAUUUCUGGAUCCACUGCUGGUAGCGGCCUUGUAAAGGCGGGCCGCAUUAUCAGCUUGUAUAUCAAAUUUGGACCUUUUAGUGGAGUCGUCAUGGCUUCAGACAAGAAGAACGGGGUUUCGGAUGUGGGAGCAUGGGCGAUGAAUGUGAUCAGCUCAGUCGGUAUCAUCAUGGCUAAUAAGCAAGUCAUGUCCGGCUACAAUUUCCGAUUCGCGACGACGCUGACGGCCCUUCACUUCACCAUCACAGCUUUAGUGGGUUUCAUAUCUUCGAGAUCCGGUGUUAUAUCUUCCAAACAUGUGCCUUUUGUUGAACUUUUUGCCUUUUCUCUCGUUUCCAACACCUCCAUCGUGGGCAUGAACCUCAGCCUCAUGCUCAAUUCAGUGGGAUUUUACCAGAUUGCGAAAUUGAGUAUGAUUCCAACCGUCUGUAUCUUGGAGUGGAUCCUCCACGGUAAAACUUAUAGCAAGGAGGUGAAGACCGCCGUAUUUGUAGUGAUGAUCGGUGUGGGGAUUUGCACAGUCACCGACGUGAAAGUGAAUCUCGGAGGUUUUACUGCUGCGUGUGUGGCUGUCAUCUGCACUUCUUUGCAACAAAUUUACAUCGGCUCCAUGCAAAAGAAACACAACAUUGGUUCUUUUGAGCUCUUGAGCAAAACUGCUCCAAUCCAGGCUGCCUCUUUGAUCGUCUUGGGCCCAUUUGUUGACUACAUUCUGAAUGGUGAAAGCCUUUUGGAUUACUCACUGUCCUGGGGAGCUACCUUUUUCAUCGGUCUAUCCUGCACGCUAGCAGUAUUCUGCAACAUGAGCCAGUAUUUGUGCAUCGGUCGCUUUUCUGCCGUAUCCUUCCAGGUGUUGGGGCACAUGAAGACCGUUUGCGUUUUGACCCUGGGAUGGAUAUUGUUUGACUCGGUCUUGACUUUCAAGAAUAUGAGUGGCAUGGCUAUGGCUGUGUUGGGUAUGGUGAUAUACAGCUGGGCAGUGGAGCAAGCGAAAUUGCAGGCGAAGCAAUCAUCUUUGAGCUAUGUUAAGGAGUCCAGUUUUUCAGAAGAGGACGUUGCUCUGUUGAAGAGUGGUCUGGACCAACAACCGAUGAAAGACAUCGAAUUGGGACGGGACAUGAAGUAGACGAAUUGAAUGAAUCAACAGAAUGAGUAUACAGCCUAGGUUAGGGGGUGUCUUCCAGGAAAUAGAGGACCUCGAGAAAACAUGGACAGGUAGGACUUCCGCCAGAUUCUUAGGGCCUCUGAGCCCUUGCGGGCGACACGAUUCUUCUGGUCUGAUAUUAAUUAAUUCUACAAAAGCGGCACGCUUGCUUGCACAGGAUCUGGACCCUGUGCCUCCAUUUUUCGGUUCCCUUAUUUCAUCAGAAUGAUGCUAGUGUGUUUAUCGAGAUAAACAGCUCAACAGCUAGCGGAAGAGCACCACGAUCGAUUGUAGGGUAUCCAUGUAAGGUAGGUGAGGCCUGUUGGAGAAAAAGGGUACUUACUUUCACUACCUGAUUAUUGCUAGGGAGAUUCUUUGAAAGGGGUUCUUUUCAAGUUAAAGCUUCUUCCCCUUAUUCAUUCUUCGCCGACUCAGUCUCUGUAACAGUACUUCUUCACUAAUCAGUGUCUGAUUAGACACUGAGGUGCCCGAGUGGAAACACAGGCCUAUAUAUAUACCAUAAGAAGACAAUCUUUAAACAUGUAGACUGCCAGUCGUUUCCUGGUCACCUUUAUCACGUGCUUUGUUACAUCUCUUGAUGCCUCAGAAAAGAAGUUCUUUUGAUCGG